UUUUGAAGGGCUUUCAUCGUGUCUCUCUCCCAUCUGCAGGCAUCAUUUACGAUGUCAUUGUGGAACCACCUAGUGUGGGUUCAAUGACUGAUGAACAUGGGCACCAGCGGCCUGUUGCGUUUUUGGCAUACAGAGUGAAUGGCCAGUACAUCAUGGAAGGGUUGGCCUCCAGUUUCCUCUUCACUAUGGGAGGCUUGGGCUUCAUAAUCCUGGAUCGCUCCAAUGCCCCAAACAUCCCUAAACUCAACCGCUUCCUCCUGCUGUUCAUUGGUUUUGUAAGCGUCCUGCUCAGCUUCUUCAUGGCCAGGGUGUUCAUGAGAAUGAAACUGCCUGGGUACCUCAUGGGUUAAAGAUGGACACAACAUAUUCCAAAGAUGAAGAAAGAAGUGCAAAGACAUGUAUAACUUGCACAAUCACUGAUUAUGUAAUAAUGCUUCAAUUGAUUUAUGCCAGCCUAAACAUUCAACACAAAUUUAAAUUGCAAAUUUAGAAUUGACAGUAACAUCCUUCCCGAGCAAUACGUCUUUGACCAUGUUUGAGUGAUGUAAUAAAGGCCAGUGCUGUCAAAAA